AUGUCUAGUCUAAAAGUGUUGGACUUAAGAAGGAACAAUUUCACAGGGAGUAUUCCCCCAUUAUGUGCGAAGAGCACUUCUUUGAUUACCAUUGUCUUGAAUGACAAUCAAUUUGAAGGAACUCUGCCUUUAUCGUUGAUCAACUGUAGUAAUUUAGAAGUUUUUGAUAUGGGGAAUAAUGCAAUAAAUGACACAUUUCCAGCUUGGCUAGGAACACUUGAAGAACUGCAGGUCCUAAUACUAAAGUCUAAUUUGUUCCAUGGACCAAUUAGUUCUUGUCAGAGUACACUUUGCUUUCCCGAGUUGCGAAUUUUUGAUCUUUCGCAUAACCAAUUGAGUGGCUCACUUCCAGUAAAACUCUUUGGAAAAUUCAAGGCAAUGAUUAAGUUAGAUGGUGAAGACACAGGAUAG